GAUGUUGUUAGCCGAGGCUGAGGAGCAGCAUCAUCUGAGCUGAAUCACAGUAUAUCUCCCUACGUUGAAAGGCACCUGCAGCUGACGCUCACCAACCAUCAGGCAGAAUGUCAUAUGGGUCGAUUGACGGAGGCUCCUUUGGCAGUCGCAACCCAUUUGGAGGUCCUACGAGGCAGGGCUACCAGCCAGUAGCCACACAGGUCAGCCCCUCGGAACUGCAAGAUGUGUUUCAGGAGACCUCCUCCAAUAUCUUCCAGAUCAACGCCAAUGUUGUCACACUAGAGAAAAAUCUCCAGUCGCUGGGAACAUCUAGAGACACAGCAGAGCUACGACAGAGCCUACACUCCACACAGCAGCAAACCAACAAAGUCAUCACCAGCACAAGCCAACUCAUCAAACAGCUCUCUGAUAUAAUCAGCGGCUCUUCACGGCAAGACCGUCUGCGCCUGACCAGACUAAAGACUGAACUCUCAGAGUCUGUGCAGCGCUAUGGGGAUCUGCAGAAGAAAAUUGCAGAGCGCUCCAGGGCCUUGCUCCCUCCAGCACAGACAGACAAGAAGAAGCAGAAUGUCCAGACCCCAUCCAGCGAGCCGAUGGAGGAGGGUCCGCUGUUCGGAGAAGCUGCAGGCUCAGAGGGAAGAGCUCAGGCUUUCUUGUCUGAGAUCAGUGAGGAGGACGUGGAGGUGCUUCGUCAAAGAGAGGAGGCUCUGCUGCAGAUCGAAAGAGACAUGCUGGACGUCAGUCAGAUCAUGAAGGAUCUGGCCAGUAUGGUCCAUGAACAAGGAGACGCCAUAGACAGCAUCGAAGAUUACAUCCAGACCGCAUCGUCCAAUGUGGAGUCAGCCAAUCAGGAGCUUGCAAAGGCCAACCAGUACCAGAGGCAGCUGAGGAAGAGGAAGUGCUACCUCCUGGUGGCCGGAGCCAUCGUCCUCACCAUCCUCACCAUCAUCAUUGCUGUUUCAGCAAGAAAAUAAGACUGGCCACUGUGGUAGCUGCUGUCAUUACAGUGUCGCCUCAGUGCUCCUGCCCAGUCUGAUCCCUGACCUGAGCAGCUGGUUUCCAGUUGGAGGGAGCUGCCCCGCAACGACGUCUCUACUCCAUCAUCUCUGGCUCUGUUUCCAUGUGCUUCAGGCCGGGGACGGAGGCCUUUCUCAGGGAGGUGGCCCCGGUCUGAGCCUCUCAUGUAAUCAUCAUUGUGCUUGUUUUUCUUUUCUCAUGCCGUGGGUGUGUCUUGUGACUGGAGUGUUAUCAUUGAUGCUGAAGUCGCAAAUGUGAAUUCAGUCAUUACACCAGAGGCACAGAGGGUGUUUCCUGUGAUGGGUCACUGUUGUAUAUCACACACACAGCGGCAGCUCCUCACUGUGGUGUUUUAUCAGAAAACCAGAUGAAGAUGGAGCUUUAUUGUCUUCACUGCUGUACUGUACACUCUGUUUCCUCUGAGUAUUUUUAUGGAAAUAAACCACAUAUUUAUCAGCCUGUAGUGUCAUUCAAUCAGUGUUAUAUUGUACUGUUUCUUGAUAUUGGUAAAUAUUGUUUGGCCAAAUAUAUCUUCCAAAAUAAAAGUCAAAG